CAUUCAUAUCAUUCAGACAUUCACAACAACAACAAAAUGGCAGUCUCCAUUUCUACCAAACAAGCAUCCCUUUUCUUCUUUGUAUUCGUGUCGGUUUUGGCAUGUUCGGCUUUGGCCCAUGAGUUUUCGAUCCUUGGAUAUGCACCCGACGAUUUGGCAUGCAUUCAUAAGGUGAUCCACCUUUUUGAAUCGUGGGUUGUUAAGCACGAAAAAAUCUAUGAGAGCUUGGACGAAAAACUACAUAGGUUCGAGAUCUUCAUGGACAACUUGAAGCAUAUAGAUGAGACGAACAAGAAAGUUAGCAACUAUUGGCUUGGACUGAACGAGUUCGCGGACUUGAGCCAUGAAGAGUUCAAGAACAAGUUCUUGGGGCUCAAGGGUGACUUCCCCGAGAGGAAAGAGGAGUCUGUUGAAGAAUUUAGUUAUCGGGAUUUCGUGGAUUUGCCGAAGUCGGUGGAUUGGAGAAAGAAAGGAGCUGUUGCGCCCGUCAAGAACCAAGGUUCAUGUGGUAGUUGUUGGGCAUUCUCGACGGUGGCUGCAGUGGAAGGCAUUAACCAAAUCGUGACGGGAAAUCUUACGGAGCUGUCGGAACAGGAACUGAUCGAUUGUGACACGAGCUUCAACAGUGGUUGCAAUGGAGGUCUCAUGGAUUAUGCAUUUGCAUACAUCAUGAAGAGUGGUGGGCUUCAUAAAGAACAAGAGUAUCCUUAUAUCAUGAGUGAAGGCACAUGUGACGACAAAAAGGACAUAUCAGAAAAAGUGACAAUAAGUGGUUAUCAUGACGUACCUCGGAACAACGAAGAUAGCUUCCUGAAGGCACUUGCAAACCAGCCAAUCAGCAUUGCCAUUGAAGCCUCCAGUCGCGACUUCCAGUUCUAUAGUGGGGGUGUAUUCGAUGGGCAUUGUGGGACAGAGUUGGAUCAUGGAGUAGCAGCCGUUGGAUAUGGAACAAGCAAGGGACUAGAUUACGUCAUCGUUAGGAACUCUUGGGGACCAAAAUGGGGAGAGAAAGGGUACAUAAGGAUGAAGAGGAAGACUGCGAAACCCCAAGGGAUGUGUGGCCUCUACAUGAUGGCUUCUUACCCUACUAAGAAAAAGUGAAAAUGUCCCCUAAUUCUUCCGUAAGGUCCUAACAUUUCAACAAUUUGGACCGACACGUGUAUUUGUAACGUUUUCAAAUAUUGGUAUGUAAGUUCGUUUGUGAAGUUGUACUUCCGUUCAUGUAUCCAUCCUUUUGUGUACCUACUGGAAGACUAAAUAUCGACUAUUACCAUAAUC